AUGAAAAGAAUACAAUAACCAAGUCAAAUCUCUUUAAUUAAUAGAUAGUUCUCUGUUUAAAAGGAUAUUGGAAAUUUUUAAAUGUAAUCACCGGAUAAAGAAAUAUAUUGUCCUAAAACAUUAUCAUAAGCUAAAAUAUAAACACAUGGGCCCUCUCCAUAUAUUCAAUCACCAUUAUUUGAAGGCAAAUGUUUAGUCUAAAAUAAUAUUAUAAUUUAACCAUCUCCUCCAUAAAAAUUAGAUAAUUCCUUUCAAUACAAACUUAACACAAAAACCUUAAAUCAAAAUUAUGAAGUACUAAAACCAUAUAAUCAAUAAGACUUUGUAAAAUCUUCAAAUGAUACAAAGCCAAAUUAUGAAACAUAUAAAUACGAAUAUCAUAAAACAUAUGCUGGAAAUUUUUAAAGUGAUUUUAAUAAAGAUACUACAACUGAAAGAAAAAGUAACACCUCAAAGAAAGAUGGAAGUAUCCUAGAAAGCAAAGAAAAUUAUGGUUUGACUAGUAAAUCUACUACAGAUUAACACAAUACUGUAAUUAAUAGUAGAUUAUCAUCUUAAAAUUAUGGGAUAAUAUAAUAAAUAUAAUAAAAACCAAAAAUAUCAACAGAAAUAUCACGAGUUUCUGGAUAAUUGAAAGAUUUCAUUUCAAGUGUCUAACGAUUUAUUAGUGAAGGAAAACGACCUGAUAAUUUUAAUGAUAGAAUAGUUGAAAUAUUAGCUUCUUUUAGAAAACUUGAAGAAAUAUGUAAUAUUGACAAUUCUGAAAAUGAUUAAAAAUCCUAAAAUAUGGCAGAAGAUUAUAAUAAACUCAAGGCAAUACUUGAAUAGUUAUAAAUAAAAAUGACAGCUUUGGUUUAAGAAAAUUAAAAAGUAUUUAAAAAAUAUUAAUCUGAUAGUUAAAUAAAUGUUUAAUUGAAUAAGAAUAAAAAGUAACAGAAGAAUAAAGGAUUAGAUAACAGGCUGAAGAUAAAGCUAAUUAAGCUAAUAAGGAAUUCAAUAGAGUAUUUGAAUGCUUAUAAAUAAACUAAAAAGAAAAUGAAGAAAUGAAGAUGAAAUUAUAGUAAAUGGAUUCUUUCAAUAGUAUCAAAAUAAAUUAAAAUAAAAUAAUUAAUGAAGAUUUUUAAGAUUAUAAAUAGAAGAAUUAAAAAUUACAAAAGGAUUAUGACUAAUUAGAAAGUAAAUAUAAACAAUUACUUUCUGAAAAAGGUAAUCAAAAAGAUAUAUCUAAAUCACCUUUAAUGAUGAAGUCUAUUCAUUCAAGCACUUCAAAAUAAUAAGAGUAAUUAGAACUUAAAUUAUUAUAAUUACAAAUUGAAAAUGAUAAUUUAAAAGCAGAAAUGGCUCAUAAUUAAGUUGAUUCUAAGGCGAUAGAUAGCAAAAAUGAAAUGAUUUAAAGAUUAGAUGAAAAAAUUAAAUAGAUUUUGAAGGAAAAAAAAAUUUCAGAAGAAUAAUCAGUUGAAAUUUGUCACAAUUUAGAAAUUUUAAAUGAUUAGUUAAAAAGUGCUUUAUAAAUAAAAGAAACUGAAAUUUCUAAUCUUUUAAAAUAGAGAAAUGAGAUUGAAAAAGAAUUGGGAGGUUAGAUCAAUAAUUAUACAUAAUAGUUAAAAGGAUUGGAGGAAAAGUUAUAAAAAUCUAAAUAAGAUUAUCAAAAAUUGUUAGAUGAAUUUAAAUCUAUGGAUUUAAAGAAGAAUAAAAUGUAAGAGGAAUUUAAAAUAAAUGAAAAGAAGCUUGAAUAAUUAAAUCAAGAAUUAUCAUUCUAAAAAUAAGAGUUUAAAAAAACUAUUGAUAAAAAUUAAACCUUAUUAAUAAAAAAUGAUUAAAUGAAUCAACAAUUCUUAUAGUAAAAUGCAGUAUAAUAAUAAUUGAAUCAGCAAAUAGAAGGGUUAAAAUAAACUGAAAAUGCUUUGAGGUUAGAAUGUGAAAGAUUACAUAAAAUGAAUUAAGCAACUUAAUAAGAAAUGAAAUAUUAAGUAACAGAAUUAAAUGAAAUGAUUUAAUUAUAAGGAAGAAGAACUUAAGAAAAAGAAAGAUAAUUAAAUGAAUUAAUUGAAGAGUUAAGUGAAGCGAAAGAUUAAUAUGAAAUAUAGAAGAAAGUUUGUUAAGAAAAUAUAAAUGAUUUAGAAAGAAGAUUAAAGAAUACAAAAUUAUAAAAUGAAGAACUAUUACAAAUAAAAGAAUAAGAAAUUCUAGACUUUAAAUAAACUAUGGAUUAGUAAUUAAAAAUGCUUGAUAAAAGAAAUGCUUUAUCAUCUUAUGAUUUUGAAUAAAGAGAGUAAUAACUUUAAGUUGAAAUUCAAAGUAAAACUGAUUAAAUAGAGACUUUGAAAUUAGAAGUCGAAAAAAUUAGAAGUUAAAGUUUUAACACAUAAGAAGAACUCUUAAGAAUUGGAAUGUAAUAAAACUAAAAUUAAGCUAUCAUUAUAAAUUUAAGAAAUGAAUUAAAUUAAUCAAAAUAGGAAUAAUAACAUCUCAAUGAAAUGUUAAAGAAAAGAAAGGAAGAGGCAGAGUAAUUACAUAUGAAUUUAGAAGAAAUGAGAAAAGAAUAAUAAAGCAAAAAGAUACAAGAGGAAAGUAGAAGUAAUUAAAAUUUUAAUCUAUUUAGGAUCUAUAUUGAGAUAGUAAGAUCUUUAAAUUACACUUGAGAAUCUUCAGAGAGAUAAUUUAAGUCUUUAAUAAAAAGUUAAUGGUUUGACUAAUGAAAAUAAUAGGAAAUAAAGAGAAUUAAAUGAUAAAAAUGAUGAAUUCUAAAAUUUAAAGAGAAAAUAUGAUGAAAAUGUUUAAAAUUUGGAAAGAUUGGAAAAGAGAUGGGGUGAAAAGAUAGAUUAACAUAGAAGAAUCUGA